AUGAUAGGAAAUGGACCACCUCUUUUUACUGGAAAAGCUGAAGAAGAUCUAUCAAAUUGGAUUUUAGAAUUCAAGAGAUUUGUAAUUGCAUCUCGAAUAAAUAUUAUAGUUGGUGUAGGAGGAGUUACUGGUAGAGCAAAAGCAUAUAAUUUAGGUAUAUCAUGUAUGAUUGAUGAAGCAAAAAUCUGGUAUGAAAAUGAAAUCAAAAAUAGAAACUGGCAAUGUAAUAAUAUUCUUGAUAGUACUGAUGUAAAUGACUUAAAUGCAAUUCGAGCAUUAAAUAAUGACGCUUUAACAGGUAUUAAUGCAAAUCAGUUUCUUGGAGAAGUCUUGAUUGUAAGAAAUAAUACUGGAAGUGAUAAUACAAUAACCAGUGCUAAUAUUAUUCCAGUGGGUACAUGGGAUGAAGAUUGGAGUAUAGCUGGAGGACAUCCCGCACCUAUAGAAACUCCAUUUCCAACUAAUUAUGCGAAUGCUGGUACAGUUGAAGCGCAAAAAAAUUUUUUUUCUUCAGUCAGAUUACGCAAGAAGUAUAUUCAGAAAUUAAAUCCUAUAAAUCAAUACAAUGUUUGCAUAAUAACUAAAUAUCAUGACACUAGAGAUAAUAUUAUAAAAGCAUUAGUUGAAGCAGAAAAAUUUUCACUACUACAAGGUAACUUUCUAUUCCCACCUUCUGGAAGUCAA